UUAAAUUGAUGAAAUGGGAUGAGGUGGGAUGAGGAUCCAAAAGUGACUCUCGAUUGCACUUUCCCGAAUCUCUCUUUCGCCGGCCCUUUCUUCGUAUGCUCGAUCCCGAGUCGUAGCUCCUGCUACUUCUCCACCGAUUAGUGAAUUGCUGCUAACAGAUUUUACUCGUCGCGAGAUCCGGCUCGAGAUUACUGCUGAUCAGCUGUCGCGGUGGAAGUUUGAUGCCGGAUUUGGUGCUCCGCCUACUGUUUCCGUUCUUCCCUGACUUACUUCGCCGGAAAGUUUGGAUUUUUCUUUUUUUUUGACCCAAAUUGGUAGAUGGAUUGUCGUUGUUGUCCAACACUGAUUUAGGAUUUCUUUGAAGAGCCUGCGUGUCUAUCGACUCUCGUUUGCAGUUUUUGUUGAAGAUCGUGUUCUUUUCAGUGGGUUAAUUAGGCUUUUCCCCGGUUGAGUCGAGUUUCCAGAUCGGUGGAAUCGAGUGGUAUGAAAGGGGCGAAGGAGGAGGAUAAGACCAUGGGGCCUCUUUUCCCGAGGCUCCACGUGAAUGACACCGAUAGAGGGGGGCCGAGGGCGCCUCCGAGGAACAAGAUGGCGUUGUACGAGCAGCUCAGCGUCCCUUCGCAGAGGUUCAACUCGACCUCCUCUGCCAUGCCAUUUCUUCCUCGUAGCUCCAACAAUUUGGUUCCUUCGUUUUCGUCGAGUCAGGGAUGCGGUCAGCAGAGGAAGAUAUUUUCCCCUUUUUGUAUCAACCGUCAAGUGUCUGUUCGUUCAGCGGAAAUCUCUAGAACUACUGAUGGUAUGAAUCCAAUCACAAGAAGGAUAGAAUUAGAGAGAAAACCCACAAAGCAAGUUAGUUCUGGAAAUUUGUUUGGAGCAAGAUCAGUUGCUGAAUGUAGCUUACAGAGACAAGACAACCCUAGUGCUAUAAAUUCUAGUAAGAAGGUUUUGGAUGAUGCAGAUGAGAUAGUGGUUCCUUCCUUUGAUCAGUCAGAAAUGGUUGCAUCCAUGCAAAAGGAUACAUAUAUGACAAAUGCAGCAAAGUUAACUACCUUCAUUUCACCAAAAAUGCAGAAGAGUCUUACUGCUGUUCAUUCUUUAUUUGAACGCCCAAAUUCAGAUGUGCAAUCCUUAGAAGAAACAGAUAUUGCAAAAACUAGAUUACAAAAUUCCGAUAGAACUCGUAUUGAAGAUCUUAAAGAAAUUUCAGAUAUUGAUAAGAUCAAGGAAAUCAAAGAAAAGUCUCUGUCCAACAAUAUUGCUAAACGACCAAGCUGUUCAAAAGAUUUAGUUGAGACUGAUACAAAUAAUUUUCAUUUAACUAAGUCAGCGAAUGGAGAAACAGUGUCAUGCCAAGAAAACGGUGAUCCUAGUGGUUUUAAUACGUCAAAUGACAUUCCUAUUUCUGAUGUUAGGAAAUCUCUGAAGGCCAAAACUGUGCUAUAUUCCAAGCUGUCAUCUAGAAGUCCAAAAAAUACAACCUUGUUGGACUUCUAUAAGGAGGAAAAUGCAAAGAGAAAUGGGUCAUUUGAAUUUGGUGAUGUGGAGAGGAAAGAUGAUGCAUAUGAGCCCUCAACGGCUGGGACAGUAUCAAGCUUAGAAAUAUCCCCGGAUGAUAUUGUUGGAGUAAUUGGUACCAAACACUUUUGGAAGGCCCGAAGAGCUAUUAUCAAUCAGCAAAGGGUUUUUGGAAUGCAAGUGUUUGAGCUUCACAGGUUGAUAAAGGUCCAGAAGUUGAUGGCUGCAUCACCUCAUUUACUUAUUGAAGGACAUACUUAUUUAAACAAACCUUCAGUAAAGAUUCCAAAUAAUACCACAUUACCUCAGUGCAACACUAACUCUCAGCUAGUGGAAUUAAAGAGACAAGAUGAUUGUCAUAAGACAAAACAUAAUUUGGAGAAGCCAAUUGAUCACUUGGAUGAAUUGGAAUUUGGUAGAAAAAUGAAUAUCCAUCCAAAUAGCAAAAAUGUGAAUGUUUAA